CCACUGGGGCGGGGGGUUGAGGAGGGGCGAAGAAGGAAAAGCAGAAAGCAGCAGACAUUUGAGGAAUGGAGGAAGAAGAUCCGAUACCCUUCUUUUCCCCUAAUAAUCCCUUCAUCUUAAACUGAUAGCAACUCAGCCCCAGAAGCUCUCUCUCUCUCUCUCUCUCUAAACUCUUCUCUCUCUAUCUCUAUCUCUCUCUCUCUACGUCUUGAAAAACCAGGUUCUGAGGCUGUAUCGGGCGGGCUGCGAUGGAUAACACAGCUGCGGAGGUUUCUGGGGGUUUAGAGGAGAGAGCAAAGGAGCAGGUUGCCGCGAUGGCGAGAGAAGCCGAGGUUAAUGAAGGGGAAGAGGUUUUCGAGGAGGCAAUGGAUUCCCAAGUGGAGGAGCUGAAGGCUGAUUCCUUGGCUGGGAAUGUUAGUCCUGAGGAGGCUGUUAAGUCGAGUGCUGAUGUGCCUUCGGGGGUGUCUGAUGGAAAUUCUGGUGUGGAACCUGAGGGUGAGAAGUUUGAGGAGGCAAUUGGGACUCCGACUUUGGUUGAGAACAAUGGGUUGUUGUCCGCGGAUGCAACGGAAGUAGAGGUUCUGUCGAAUAGUGGGGAUGUUGGGGGUACUGAGGUGGCUAAUGUGGAGGAUGAGGGAGGGACUGAGGGGGUAGUCACGGCUAAUCGUGGGUUUGAUGGUACCGGGGAGGAAGAUGCCAAGUUAAUCACUGAGGCUGUUUCCGAGGAAGAAAAGAAGAAUGUUCUGUCUGGUGCUGAAGAAGAAGCAAGUAAUAUUGUGCAUGAGCAGAUUGAGAACCUUGAAGCAGUUCCUGAUAAGUUGGAAAUUGAGGAACCGGGGAGGACAGCAGAAGAAGAAAAUCCGGUUGAAGGGAACAAGGUGAUAGGACUGGGCAACACCGACCUGGGUAAAGAGUUUCUACUGAAUGAUGAUCAGGGUGAUCGGUUGAGUGAGGGCAAGCUGGAAGCUGAAGGGAUCAAGGUCUCAGGACUCGGCAAUGAUGACCUGGAUAGAGUUUCAAGGGCAGAGAUUCCGUCAAAUGAUGAUCAGGAUGACUGGUUGAAUGAGGGCAAGAUGGAGGCCGCAGGUUUAUUGGAUGCAAAUCCGGACCAGCAGGUGAACUUAGAUGGAAAUUAUACCAUGGGUCUAGUUGAUGAAAAAGCUGCCUUCGAGACAGAAAUAAAUGGUCACGUGAAUGGAGAAUCCAGCAGUGCCCCAAUCGAUCUUGACUUAGGGUCUCGAGGUCUUAAUGGCGAAGAACAGAAUGAUGUUCCGUCUACCUUUGAUGCAGAACACCAAGGUCCAGGUGGUGUCAAUGGAGAUGUGAAAGAUGCUUCUGCUGCAACAGGUAACCAUGAUGAGGAAACGCAUGAACAGCACGAUGCAGUUUCAGCUGAUACGCCUGUAGCUGUGGUGGAAGGGACAGCAACCCUUGAAAUUGGUAGCUCAGCUGCUAUGGAGGAGUCUUUGGAUGAGAAGUCCGAGAAGAUUUUAGAUGGGGAAACCGUUGUCCUGGCCAAGGAGGAAUCGGUUGGAUCUCAACCUGCAACUGCUGAUGGAAAUGUCCAUGAAAAGCGUGAGACUCGCGCUUCAGUGGAUAAGCUUGAGAAGAAGGAUUUAAAAGAUGACGAGGUGACUGAACAAGUUCAAAAGGAAAGGGAAAUACAGCCUGCUGCAGGGAUGACUUCAUCAUCUACCAAAUCAGCAAAUCAUGCCUCUGCUGCCCCUACUCCUGCUCCUGCCCCAGCCCCUGCACCUGCUCCUGCCGCUGCUCCUGCUCGUCCUGCUGGCCUCGGGCGUGCUGCUCCGCUUCUGGAGCCUGCACCUAGGGCAGCAGCCCAGCAGUCCCGUGUUAAUGGAGCUGUUUCUCAUAUGCAGGCCCAACAGAUUGAGGAAGCUGGCAACGGCGAGGCAGAGGAACAUGAUGAGACUCGUGAGAAGCUCCAAAUGAUUCGUGUGAAGUUCUUACGACUUGCCCACAGGCUUGGGCAGACUCCCCACAAUGUAGUAGUGGCCCAGGUGUUGUAUCGGCUAGGCUUAGCGGAGCAGCUCAGAGGAAGAAAUGGGGGUCGGGUUGGUGCUUUCAGUUUUGACCGUGCUAGUGCCAUGGCUGAGCAACUCGAGGCUUCAGGACAGGAACCUCUUGAUUUUUCGUGCACAAUCAUGGUCCUGGGGAAGACAGGAGUCGGAAAAAGUGCAACAAUCAACUCGAUAUUUGAUGAAAUGAAAUUCAGCACUGAUGCUUUUGAUAUGGGUACCAAGAAGGUUCAGGAUGUUGUCGGAACUGUUCAGGGUAUAAAGGUUCGAGUCAUUGACACACCUGGUCUCCUUCCUUCGUGGACAGAUCAACGCCAUAAUGAGAAGGUCCUGCAUUCAGUGAAGAGAUUUAUUAAGAAAACCCCUCCGGAUAUUGUGCUUUAUCUUGAUCGGUUGGACAUGCAGAGCAGGGAUCUCAGCGACAUGCCCCUUCUCCGAACAAUUACUGAAAUAUUUGGGCCCUCAAUAUGGUUCAAUGCAAUUGUUGUUCUUACCCACGCUGCAUCUGCUCCGCCUGAUGGGCCGAAUGGUACAGCUUCUAGUUAUGAAAUGUUCGUCACUCAGCGGUCUCAUGUUGUUCAGCAAGCUAUACGUCAGGCAGCUGGUGACAUGCGGCUGAUGAAUCCUGUUUCCUUGGUGGAGAACCAUUCUGCUUGUAGAACAAACAGAGCUGGACAGAGAGUGCUCCCAAAUGGUCAGGUCUGGAAGCCCCACUUGCUGUUGCUUUCCUUUGCAUCAAAAAUUUUGGCCGAAGCAAACGCUCUCCUGAAGCUCCAAGACAGCCCACCUGGGAAGCCUUUUACAGCUCGGUCUCGAGCGCCUCCUUUGCCUUUCCUACUGUCAUCUCUUCUCCAACCCAGGCCCCAGCUGAAGCUGCCUGAUGAGCAGUUUGGUGAUGAGGACGGGGUAGAUGAUGACUUGGAUGAGUCGUCAGAUUCUGAAGAGGAAUCCGAAUAUGACGAGCUGCCACCAUUUAAGAGGUUGACGAAGGCCCAGUUGGCAAAGCUUAGUAGAGCCCAAAAGAAGGCAUAUUUUGACGAGUUGGAAUACAGGGAGAAGCUUUUCAUGAAAAAACAGUUGAAGGAAGAGAGGAGGCGGAGGAGGAUGAUGAAGAAGAUGGCAGCAGCAGCCAAGGAUCAGCCAGCCGAGUAUGGUGAGAACGUAGAAGAAGAAAGUGGGGGGGCUGCAUCUGUGCCGGUGCCCAUGCCUGACUUGGCCUUACCUGCAUCGUUUGAUUCUGAUAAUCCAACUCACCGGUACCGUUACCUUGAUACCUCUAACCAGUGGCUCGUGAGGCCUGUGUUAGAAACUCAUGGUUGGGAUCAUGAUGUUGGCUAUGAGGGCAUUAAUGCAGAACGGCUCUUCGUGGUUAAGGACAAGUUACCAAUCUCUUUCUCUGGUCAGGUGACAAAGGACAAGAAGGAUGCUAACGUUCAGAUGGAACUAGCAAGCUCGAUAAAGCAUGGAGAAGGGAAAGCAACUUCAUUAGGGUUUGACAUGCAGACAGUGGGGAAAGACCUGGCUUAUACUCUUAGAAGUGAGACAAGGUUCAGCAAUUACAGGAGGAAUAAGGCGGCUGCAGGACUCUCUGUAACGCUGUUAAACGACGCUUUAUCAGCGGGUUUUAAGGUCGAGGACAAGUGGAUUGUAAAUAAAUGGUUCCGAUUGCUUGUGACUGGUGGGGCAAUCAUUUCCCGUGGGGAUAUUGCCUAUGGAGGAAGUCUAGAUGCAACCCUGAGAGACAAGGACUACCCACUCGGUCGUUCAUUGUUUACUUUGGGCCUGUCUGUCAUGGACUGGCAUGGAGAUCUUGCAAUAGGUGGGAAUAUACAGUCGCAGUUUCCAAUUGGGCGGUUCACGAAUUUGAUCGCUCGGGCGAACUUGAAUAACAGAGGGGCAGGACAGGUCAGCAUCCGGGUAAACAGCUCAGAACAGCUCCAGAUUGCUCUGCUGGGCCUCAUUCCACUGUUCCAGAAGCUGCUUGAUUACCGUCAACAAGUGCAGUUUGGACAAUGAUGAAAAUUAGUUGUUGAUACCAAUGCUGUGCCGGCUCAGCAUGCAGCGAUAGCGAAUAACUCCAGUCGGGUCAUUUCAUUUUGGGACUUCUGUUGGGAGUGAGUGAGACUUAAAGCUCUGCCUAUUUUGUUUCUCUUUAGUCUUUUACUGUCUUGACAGCACUUUCUCCAUUAAUAGUGUAUUAAUCUCUAGUUUUUUUUUUUUGCGCUCGAGAUUUGCAUCAUGAAUUUUUGUUACUUUUAGGCUACUGGACUACAGUGUCUCUUUCUUUGCUAGAUCAUGGCUCCUGCUGAAAGUCAUAAUCUGAAUCGCCCGUGGAAGAUCAUAUCUUUCUUUAGGAACUUCCGACGAGCAUAAUAUUGUUCUUUGCUCUUGUUUUCUUCAAUCUCACAUGAAUGAAUGAAAUGCAAGAUCAUUUUCUGUC